AUGGAUCUGUCUGAGCCCACUGAACCCUACAAAUACACACCACUUGUGACCUCAACAUCAAUUCGUCUCCUUCGCGUCGACUCAAAAUCAUUUUCACAUGGCUCAGAUAUUCCCCGGAUAACCUGUAGUCUUAAAACGGUUGACCUAAUGGCCAACCCAUGGUACCAUGCUCUGUCAUAUACGUGGGGAAACCCACUUCCCGUGGAUAACGAAUACUUCCGUCCUAAAUAUGACGAUGCGCAAAUAUUCACCAAAUACGACUACGAGAAAGGUAAAUGUGUCAUCCACCUUGAUGGCAAGCUGCAAUACGUGAGCAGGAACUUGUUUGAUGCAUUGAGCACCGUGCCAUCAGAUGCAUGGGCUAGAAAUUGCAAUCGCGGCAACACGAAGAAGCAGAAAGCUCAUGCCCCGCUACACUGGGUUGGGAUUUCGGGCGAUGAGGAUUUCCUUCUGUCAGUUUUGGCGGGCGGAGAGAGUGUUGAUGUUAAUCUUUUGGAUGGCUUGGGGAGAUCAGGGUUAAGUUUUGCAGCGGAGUAUGGGAGGAUGGGGGUUGUUGAGAUUCUGAUGAAGGCAGGGGCUGAUGCGGUGAUUGUGGAUGGGGAAGGGAAAAUGGCGGUGGAUUAUGCAAGGGAGAAUGGGCAUGGUGAAAUUGUGAGGGUUUUGGAAGCUUGUGGGGAACGGGAGAAUCUGUUGACUCCAUUGGAGCUUCCGGAUGGCCCGCAAGUCUGGAUGUGGGUUGAUCAAAUUUGUAUUAACCAGGAGGAUCUCGAAGAACGGGCUACGCAAGUUGCUAUGAUGGAUCAAAUUUAUCAGAAGGCACGGUAUACUCUGGUGUGGCUAGGGGCUGAAGACCAGUAUACUGAGGCAGCUGUGAAAGCUGUCUCGAAGAUCGGCUCUGCUCCUGUUGAUUUUCAGGAUAGCAAGAUCAUGCCUUAUACCAAUGAGGGUAAAGAUCUAUAUGAGAAAGAGGGCAUCCCAUUUAUCUCUGCAGAGGAAUGGACUGCUCUCGCAGCUAUUUUCCUUCGGAAUUACUUUCGACGGCUUUGGGUAGUGCAGGAAAAUGUGCUCUCCGGGACCAUUCUUGGAUACUGUGGCAAGCAUGAAUUACCUUGGAGGAUGUUCUGCAGAGUUGCACAGGUUGUGUAUUUCAGACAACUACGACUCGCCCGUAUCACAUCGGUGGAAUACAUCAACAGGCAGGAUGCGGUUGUCGGUAUUGAGAGCCAGGCAGUCUCUCUGGUGCAGUGGAGGGAGAGAUUUGAGAAAGGGGACAAGGCAGCGGAGCCGAAGGAGCUUUCCUUUGAAAGUCUAGUUUUUGAUACAUGGACUUUCCGCGCAACUGAUCCUCGAGAUAAGAUUUUCGGUCUCUAUGGACUGCUCAAUAUAGUCGACAAGGGUAAAUGGCAGCCGGACUAUCACAAGUCUGUAGAAGAGGUAUACGCAGAAGCAACUAAGACGAUUAUGCAGCAAUCUGGGGAAUUACGGAUGCUCUCCGCUGCCGUUGAAUUGCUCUCUUCGAAACAUUACAACUCUUCCCUCGUGGGUUCCCGACUAUAG